AUCCAUCAAGAGACGCACACGCCCUCCAUUAUUCUUCCUUGCAGCAGUUGGUGUACAGCAACAGCACCCUCUCUCCCAGUCUCUCACAGUAUCUCUCCGAGUUCAUUCAGUAACCGCAUCAUAUUCUCCGAAACAGUGUCAUGGCCGUCGCAUCUGCAAAGUCCUGGACAGUGGGCCUCAUCAACAGUGCAAACAAGUUCCUCACUGCAGAGAAAUUCCAGUUCAAGGUCAAUGCAAAUGGUACCAGCCUGAGGAAGAAGCAAUACUGGAUCCUUGAGGACGCUGGCUCUGAUAUGGUUGCCAUAAAGAGCUCCUUCGGGCGCUACCUGGGCAGUGACAAAGAUGGCAAGAUUACAGCUGAUGCUGAGGAGGUCGGUGAUGACAACAGGUUCAUCCUUGAAACCCGAGAUGAUGGCAAAGUAGCCAUCAAGAGCUCAAAGCAUGGUCGUUAUUUUGGUGGCACAGGUGACAACCUCUCUGGCUUUGACAAGGAGGUCUCUGCCACUUCCCUUUGGACCAUCCAACUGGCCAUCAUGCCUCAACUUAAUCUUUUCAAUGUCAAUAGGAAAGCAUAUGCACAUCUUGAUGUGACAAACAAUGAAAUACGUGUCAACGAAGUCAUUCCAUGGGGCUUUGAUUCCACCAUCUCCAUUGACUUUCAUGAGGGCAAAUAUUCCAUUCGUGCAGCCAACGGUUCUUACCUUGAAUGUAGCGGAGCUCUUGUUGAGAAACUCAAUGAUAAUUGCCUCUACACUAUCGUCUAUAGAGGUACUCAGGUUGCCUUCCGCGACAAUGCCGGCAAGUACCUAGCUGGUGUCGGUGCUAAUGCAGUUCUACAGUCUCGUAAAAGCUCCAUUUCUAAGGAUGAGCUCUUCACGUUUGAAGAUACCAAUCCACAGAUCACUCUCAUUGCCUUCAACAAGAAGUAUGUGUCCCAGCGUCAGGGAGUGGAGGUACGCGCUAACCAAACUGACGUCACCGAUGAUGAGACGUUCCAAAUAAUGGCCGUUGACCGCAGUGACCUCUCCGGGAAUGUCAAAUGGGCCGUCUGUAACAAGAAACUCAAAUUCUGGAACUCCGAGAGCAACCUUGUAGCCAAAUCUAAUGACUUCUCCUCUCCCGAUUGUCAAUUCUCGAUUGUUUGGCAAGGCCCAAUGGUUCUCUUCCAAGCCAACAAUGGUAAAUACCUCAAAGUGACAAGUAAUGGUCAACUCUCUGCAACUGGUGGUGUGGAUGAUGCAGAGUGUAAGUUUGUGCUUGAGAUUAUCAACCACCCCAUCCUUACUCUUCGCUCUGAGUUUGGAUUCGUUGGGUCCAAGGGAGCCUCUGGGAUACUCGAGUGCAACCGAUCACAGUAUGACGUCUUCCGCCUCAAGGGAAAUGCUGGAACCUACCGCUUUGAGACAUCAAGUGGCAACCAAUGGAAGGUUGAGGGAGACAACAUCCUUGCCAAUGCUCCAGGAGGCUCUGACUUCUUCAUAGAGUUCAGAGCUCACACUCGUAUGUGUAUUGUUGCUCCCAAUGGAAAAUGCAUCCAGUCGGCUCAGAAUGGUGACUUCAAACCAGUUGCGGAUGAUGUCACUCCGGCAACUCUGUGGGAAUUCUAAACGAGUAACGGCAUUUGGGAAAGUUGGUACACUAACUGGCCUUCUUUUCUCUCUCUCUCUCUCAUAGAACAUUUCAUAGCUUGUCUGUUAAUAGACAAAUCUUCCAUGUCACUAAUUGUAACAAUAUUACUCAUUUGUGUACCUGUUACAUGUAUUAUUAUUAUUAUUAUUGUUAAUUUUAGUUCUUUUCUUUUCCUUUGCAGCCAUAGCAGACCAUUUUAGUAUGUGAUUAUUAUUAUUAUUCUUUGGAAUGAUUAAUAACUUUUUGAUAAGAAAUUAAUGAUAAUAA